CUUAGCAAUGGAUAAGACCUUGUCUUUUUGAAUAUUGAAAUUUUCCAAAGGCACGAGAAGACCAAUACACGAUUGUAUAGGUCACUCGAGACCUCACAUAACACCAUUAUGUCUUCUUUCUUUACCGUUCCCGGUGCGCAGAAAAAACGAAAACGAGCACCUGCUACCGAUAUUCCUAAAAAGCGAUUCGCGACAUCCAAAACUUCCAAGUCCGCGCCUAAACCUGCACCUGCACCAAAAAAACGAGUCGAACGAGAUGAGUCUAUAUCGGGAAGCGACUCCGAAAGCUACGAUGGGAUCGAUGAGCCUGAAGCCUCGGAAUCUGGUUCAGAUUCUGAAAAAGAAGGAGAGACCGCAGCAGAAAAGAGAUUAAGACUCGCCGAACGGUAUCUUGAGAACGUUCGACAAGAAGUCGACGAAGCAGGCUUUAAUGCUGAAGAUAUCGACCGCGAUAUAAUAGCGGCGCGUCUACAAGAAGAUGUAGCCGAAGCCAAGGGAAAGGUCUAUCGAGCAAUUGCUUCAGAACUAGCAGUUGAUCAGGCCUCACAUACACUAUUUCGGUGUAAUACACUCGCGACGACGUCUGUAGCCAUAUGCGCUCCAUACGUUUAUACCGUUACAAAAGACCGAUGUCUAGUCAAGUGGAAACUACAAGAUCUACCCGCCAAUCAAUUCCCCCAAACCACCAGGAAAAAGCCAAAGAAGCCACCCGCUCCUCCGCGCCGACAACCCACAAAAGUCGCGGUGCGAAAAGGAAAUCCAAAGAAGGAAAAGGACAAAAGUUAUCAAGGACAUAUAUCGGACAUUUUAUGUGUGGCAGCUUCUCAAGAUAGCAAAUUUGUAGUCACGGGUGGCGCGGAUAAGCGCCUAAUCGUCUACGAGGCCAAAUCAUUGAAGCCCCUGCGUGUCUUUACACAUCAUCGAGAUGCAGUUACGGGUCUAGCAUUUCGACGAGGCACAAACCAACUCUACUCAGCCUCCAAGGACCGUACCGUAAAGGUAUGGAGCUUGGACGAGUUAGCGUAUAUCGAAACACUAUUCGGUCACCAAGAUGAAGUAGUCGAUAUAGAUGCACUGGCACAAGAACGAUGCAUAAGUGUAGGUGCCCGAGAUCGAACCGCCCGCUUAUGGAAAGUCAUUGAGGAAACUCAGUUGGUUUUCCGGGGCGGAUCGAUUGAUAAGAAGCAAAAGCCAGAUAUUGAUCCGCGGUCUCUAGCUCAUGAGGGUAGCAUGGAUCGUGUUGCAAUGAUCGAUGAUGAUCUUUUCGUCACAGGUAGCGACAACGGGUCGCUAGCUUUAUGGAGCAUACAGAAGAAGAAGCCGCUCUUCAUCUUAGCACAAGCCCAUGGGUUGGAGGAACCAUUGAAGCCAACGGAAGCAUCGGCGGAAGAGACCCCAGGUCCUAAAGUUGUACCACCUCCACAACCCCGGUGGAUCACUGCCCUUCGAACACUACCUUACUCUGAUCUAAUCUUAAGUGGUAGCUGGGACGGACAUGUCAGAGUCUGGAAACUAAGUGACGAUAAGAGAAAGAUUGAGCCAGCAGGUAUCUUGGGACAUCCAUCAUCCAGCCUAGACCUCGUGCCCAAUGGAGUGCACGCGGAUGACUCGGACGAUGAGGGUGCCACCAACGGGAUCAACAGAACCAAACCAGCUCCAUGGGUUGUCAAGGGGAUAGUCAACGACAUCGCCUUGUUCGAAAGGGGAGAUCGUGGUAAAGAUGGCCUCUGUGUCGUAGUCGGAGUUGGCAAAGAUCACAGACUUGGCCAGUGGAAGAAGAUAAAGGGGGGAAAGAACGGUGCCGUUGUCUUCGAGGUGCCUCGAACGAAGAAAAGCCUCGAGAAUGGGGUAGCGGAUGAAGAAAUGGAGAGUUGAUGUUAAAAUCAUAAAAUAGAUGGCUAAAAGCAUGGGAAGCUGAAUCAGAUCCCGCUCUGGAAUAGAUACCCUAUUUUAAUAUUGUUACUUGAA